UCUGUGAUUCACUGGAGAGAAAAGAGGGUGGAGGCAGCAAAGAACUCCGAGUGCCAAAACUAAGUAAGUUCUCUGACAAAACGCACGCAGCUUGCGGCGCCUCCGCCGGGCCACCAACCCCGCGGAGACCAAGUGGGCUUGGCGUGGAGCGUGCACGGGGUCAGGGACCCACUUCGGUCGCCGUGCGCUCCAGCGGCGGAGAGAAGGAACCGCUGCCCGAAGUUCCUGCGGAGAAGAGGUGGUCAGCGGUGGAGGGAGAUCAGGAGAGCGGGCUGUUUUUGUCAUUUCGCCGCCUGGUGAGUGUCGGGGAGAUCGGCAAACGCCUCGGAGAAGACCGAGAGAAAUAGCUCUGGAAAAGUGGAGAGAGUGAUUCGGAGGCCGGUUCACUGCAUGCUGCUUGUUAUCUGCAUGGGUAAGAGCUCUUUUUCGGCGGUUCCACUUCCCAGUACUUUCCAGGUGACGGGACUGCCGGACCUACGGUCGACCCCGCAACCAACUGUGCGCGCGCCCCCGGGAGAACCUCACUCCUCCACCUCGAGGGCGAAAAGUUCUGGCCACGAAAAGUUCCUGCCCAAGGUGAUUAUCAAUUCCUUACUUGAUUUUUUUUUUUUCCCUCUCUUGAGAACUUUUGGGUGGAGGCAUUAACUUUUUGUGUGGAAGCUACUUUGGGGAGCGAGGAGGAGGAGGAGGAGAAAGUGCGAUUUGAUGGAGAAAAGCGUCUCCUUGUUCUCCCACACGUCCCAUUCCCUAAGCCACCACGUGUAGAAGAUUAAAGUUGUUGGACGUGUUGACAGCUGAGAGGAGCACGGACUUCUUUCCAGGUGGAGACCCUCCACCUCCACCGCCUGUUGGUUCUACCCCUCCUGCGUGCAUGUGUGCGCCAGCGGCGGCGCGCGGUGCGUUGUUCUGCCUUGGAGUUUCUGCCUGGACCAGAGUGAAUGGCCCCCAGGGGCUGCACGGGACCUCCGCCUCCGCCACUUCCUCCGCAGGCCUGUGUCUGGCCUGGAAAGAUGCUAGCCAUGGGGGCGCUGGCAGGCUUCUGGGUCCUCAGCCUCCUCACCUACGGUUACCUGUCCUGGGGCCAGGGCUUGGAGGAGGAAGAGGAAGGGGCUUUGCGACCUCAAACUGGGGAGAGACUGGAGCCCAGCAUAACUACCACCUCCCAGCCCCAUCUCAUUUUCAUCCUAGCGGAUGAUCAGGGAUUUAGAGAUGUGGGUUACCACGGAUCGGAGAUAAAGACUCCCACUCUUGACAAGCUUGCUGCCGAAGGAGUUAAACUGGAGAACUACUAUGUCCAGCCUAUUUGCACACCGUCCAGGAGUCAGUUUAUUACUGGAAAGUAUCAGAUACAUACCGGACUUCAACAUUCUAUCAUAAGACCUACACAGCCUAACUGCUUACCUCUGGACAAUGCAACCCUACCUCAGAAGCUGAAAGAGGUUGGAUAUUCAACACAUAUGGUUGGAAAAUGGCAUUUGGGUUUUUAUAGAAAAGAAUGUAUGCCCACCAAGAGAGGAUUUGAUACCUUUUUUGGUUCCCUCUUGGGAAGUGGCGAUUACUAUACACACUACAAAUGUGACAGUCCCAGGAUGUGUGGCUAUGACUUGUACGAAAAUGACAAUGCUGCCUGGGACUACGACAAUGGCAUAUACUCCACACAGAUGUACACUCAGAGAGUGCAACAAAUCUUAGCUUCUCGUGACCCCAGAAAGCCUAUAUUUUUAUAUAUUGCCUACCAAGCUGUGCACUCUCCACUACAAGCCCCUGGCAGGUAUUUUGAACACUACAGAUCCAUUAUCAACAUAAAUAGGCGCAGGUAUGCUGCUAUGCUUUCCUGCUUAGACGAAGCAAUCAACAAUGUGACCCUGGCUCUAAAGACAUAUGGUUUCUAUAACAACAGCAUUAUCAUAUACUCUUCAGAUAACGGCGGCCAGCCCACAGCAGGAGGAAGUAACUGGCCCCUCAGAGGUAGCAAAGGAACCUACUGGGAAGGGGGGAUCCGGGCUGUUGGCUUCGUGCACAGCCCACUUCUGAAAAACAAGGGAACGGUGUGUAAGGAGCUUGUGCACAUCACUGACUGGUACCCCACUCUGAUUUCACUGGCUGAAGGACAAAUUGAUGAGGACAUUCAACUGGAUGGCUAUGACAUCUGGGAGACUAUAAGUGAAGGCCUUCGUUCUCCCCGAGUAGAUAUUUUGCACAACAUCGACCCCAUUUAUACCAAGGCGAAAAAUGGCUCCUGGGCGGCAGGCUAUGGGAUCUGGAACACUGCCAUCCAGUCGGCCAUCAGAGUGAAGCACUGGAAACUGCUCACAGGGAACCCCGGGUACAGUGACUGGGUGCCCCCUCAGUCGUUCAGCAACCUAGGGCCGAACCGGUGGCAUAACGAACGGAUUACGUUGUCAACUGGCAAAAGUGUAUGGCUGUUCAACAUCACAGCUGACCCCUACGAGAGAGUGGACCUUUCUAACAGGUAUCCCGGAGUUGUGAAGCAGCUCCUCCGGAGGCUCUCACAGUUCAACAAAACCGCGGUGCCUGUCAGGUACCCCCCCAAAGACCCCAGAAGUAACCCUCGGCUCAAUGGAGGAGUCUGGGGACCAUGGUAUAAAGAGGAAAACAAGAAACAGAAGCUACGCAAAAAUAAGACUGAGAAAAAGCAGAAGAAAAGUAAGACAAAGAAGAAACAGCAGAAAGCGGGUUCGUUUACAAAUUGCCGUUUGGGUGUUCCUCGUGGAUAGGUACAAAUUUUUUCCUGUCUCGUUAAACUUAAAUCAGUACUUAGUCUUUCGCCAGUUUUCUAGGUGAACCAGCAUGUUUGGCUCAGUAGGAUCCCUGCCACCAGCAUUGCUGUUUUCGUGUUGUGCUACUCCAGAGACUUCUGCCACCUGGAAAGCUUGUGCUCAGUGCCAAAGGUGCUACUCUUGGAAGCCAUGCUUAGAGCAGAAAGGAGAUGUUUGUUUCUCUUGCUCGUUUAUAAAAGGUGGUCAGUGACGAGUCCAGCUGUUGUGCUUCAGUCAAUUGACCAAACACUAUACUUUAAAUUAUAACAUUGGACUGUAACCUUCAAUUGAUGGACAUGCUACUUUGAUGGAAGUUACAGGGCAGCAUGAUUAAAAACCACCUUUGAUGAAGUGUAGUCAAAGGUUGCAUCACCUCAAAGGCCUUGAAAAACAUUUUUUUCUUAGUGAAUUUUUGUAUCUCUAUCAUAGGACACUUGGUUUUUUUUUUUAAAUUAAUUCUAUUUCAUAUAUCAUUUCCUUUCCUGUGAAAAUAAGCUGUUUUUCUCACAUGUGAACAGCUUGCACCUCACUUUAUCAUGCAUAAGGGAAUGGCAAAUAAGAAUGUUUCAGCACACGGCCAAAAAGUGAAUGUAACUAUUUUCUAAACACUUUAAUAGAAUGAUGUUUCAGAAUAAAAUACAUAAUUUAUUUUUACAGAAAAAAAUAUUAAUUAUUUUGUUUUCGUAAAAAGUUAUACAAAUGACUUUUAAUUAUUUUAUUUUUAUUUUCUACAUACCAUUAGAAUAAUUUUAUUUCAUAUUAUCAAGAUUAUCAAGCACUGUAAUACUAUAAAUUAAUAGUGUGUGAAUUCAUAGAAUAUAAAAAGAAAAAAAUGAUAAUCAUCAUUGUUCAACCAUUAUUUUGAAUGUAAUAAGAUGAAUAUAUUCCUUACAAAUUUCUUGGAAAU